AUGUUUGUUUCACCUCCUCCAGUUAGUCUGACGCCUCAAACACUAUUGCAAAGAAGACGGUCCAAAAAGUAUGGAAACCAUAACCAUAACCAACAAUCUAAAUAUUAUGAUAAAAGUCUUAAUACAGAUACCACAUUAUCCUCUGUAUACAAAGUAAAAUCGAACGAAUCUGGCAGUUCCCAAAAUUCGCAAAUCAGUAACCACAGUAAUAGUAGUCAAGAGUCAAGGAAGGAAACUGAUUUCAUCAACGCACCGCCUGAAUAUUCUAAUAGAGCUAGAGACGAGAUUAGAAAAAGACUUUUAACUACUUCCUAUACAAACUCGAAUAAUGCACGCAUCUCUACUUUCACACAAAACCACCAAACUAAUAAGGCACAUGUAGAAGCAGAAAAUACCAAUCUAUACAGAGCUCCAACCACAAGAGCUAGUCUAGAUGAUUCAAGUCUUAUAUCUGAUAAAGCUUCUAGUAUAUUCUCAAGCCCUUACACAAUAAACACACACUCUACUACAUUGACAGAUAACAGUUCUAUAUGUGUCAACAAUUUUGAUAAAAAAUUACCAAUACCGCAUUAUGUCACGCAAAUAUCCCUGGAGGAUGCGUUACCAAAGAAUUUCUACGAUAUGUACACCCCAGAUGUGUUAUUAUCGGAUCUAUCUAAUAUUCUACCAAAUGGAAGACCCAGUUUCACCAAAAGAGAAUUGCUGGACUGGGACUUGAACGAUAUCCGUUCUUUACUGAUAAUAGAGAAAUUACGACCUGAAUGGGGCAAUCAAUUACCGGAAAUUGUCAAUGCUGGCCCCAAAUUUCCUCAAUUUAAGUUUCAAUUAUUACCAUUAAACUCGUCUGAUAAUUUUAUUAUAUCUACCCUCGUCAACUCAGAUCUUUAUAUGGAGGCAAGCUUAGAUUUUGAAUUUAAAUUAACAAGUGCUCGGUAUACUGUAGCUACUGCAAGACUAAGACAUGAACAAAUGAUUGGCCGCCAUGAGGUUGUUAUGAACUUAUCUAAACCUGAGUGGAGAAAUAUCAUUGAAAAUUAUUUAUUAAAUAUUGCAGUAGAAGCCCAAUGCAGAUUCGAUUUUAAACAACGUUGUGCUGAAUACAAAAAAUGGAAACAGCAACAAAUUCAAAUCCAACUACAAAAAGAGCAUGAGAAGAUAAAGGGACACAAUCUUACAAAACCACAUAUGCCUCCACCAAAAAUCAUACCCAAUAAGAACUCUAGUUUACUUAAAAUGUCUUUAAUAAAAAACUUCAAUAAAAACGUAAAAAUCAAUCAUCCAACAACUCAUCCAACGAACACACAUUCCCUCUUAUCUAACUUAGAUCACAAUCAAGUGGUAAAAAUUUCUUUAUCAUCGGAUGAAAAAGCUAAUAUUUGGUCUCAAUGUCAGGCACAGGUGUACCAAAGAUUAGGUCUAGAUUGGAAACCUGAUAGAAUAAGAUAG